AGUUUCUAAUCUCUUAAACCCCAAGAGCCAUCAUCACCAUAAGCUUUUCUAUUCAAUGGCUACGACACGCCCGAAAGACCCAAGAAAACUGAACUUGGAUGCACCGUUACUAUCAACUAGACGACCCAAUGGGCCAAAUAAUCAAUCUCUUUCACGAGUAGGUUCAUGGGAUUCGCGCAACAGGGUUCCUUUUUCAUGGGAACAAAGUGCUGGUAAGCCAAAAGACACGGGAUCAACUAGAGACGUAGAUGAGUUUCAUGUCCCUCCUCCACGACUACCUCCUGGGAGAAAACUUCCUGAAAAUGAAUACGACGGUGAUGAUGAUUUCUCAGAUGCUAUCGACACGUUUUCUUUGUCUGCAGCCAUUGACAUAGUGGAAUCAGCAGAGAUGGCAAAACGGAAUGGAAAUAUGUUAGAUGGUGUGAGUUUGGAUUCAGGUGGCAAUCAGUCUCCUACUUUUAUCAUCCAAAGGUUCCUUUCAGAUGCUAAAGCACUUGCUAUUUCAUCUGGUUUACCCAUUCCAAAGAACAUCAGUAACCAAACUGAAAAGUAUCAGCCUCGAAUGAUCAACACUGCACCUAAAGGAUGUGGGUUAGGAAUCAAUAGUUUAUUCCCUUGGCGUACAAAGAACAAAGUGCCAUGCAGUGUUAAAAGUCCAGUCAGGGUAACUUCUGCAAGUGUUAAAUCUCAAUGGGGAUGGAAACCAAGACCGAAGUAGUAGUAGUUAAGCAAAUAAGAUGUGUAUUGUCUCUUUGUUAAACCAAAAACCUCAUCCUCAUGGUAGUAAAAUGAGAGAUAGAAACCAUUAGAUUUGACUGCAAACAAGUGGUUAUUUAUCUAUAACUUGCUGGAAUGAGUCGCAAUGUAAUCUUGUGGAUGAUUGUAUGCAAAGAUUUUUGUUAAGUA